AUGACUAAUAUUGGCGUCACUGUUACGUUUGUUCUAGACUUAAGGAGUUUUUCAUCGUUACACACACGCCGAAAUAAUAAUCCUAGUCGUUCUCGCCUUGUAAAAAUUAUAAAUGCUCGUUUGAUCCGUGAUCAUCAAAUAAUAAGCGAUGACGUUCUUUAUUUAUAUAAUGGAAAAAUAAUCGACCCGCAAACUUAUUUUUUUACAUUUGGUGAUUCACCGGAUAUUGUAGUUGAUGCUAAAGGAUUAUUAGUAGCUCCAGGAUAUAUUGAUGUACAGAUCAAUGGUGCUUUUGGUGUAGACUUUUCUCAAUGGCAAAGUGAAGAAAAAAUGAGGGAAGGACUAGACAAAGUCGCAAAAGGGUUGUUAAAGUAUGGAUGCACUAGUUUUAUUCCAACAAUUAUUAGUUCAGGAAUAGAAAUAUAUCAAAAGGUUCUUCCAUUUCUUAAACCUCGUAAAGGAAAUAAGAAUAUUGGGGCAGAAAUUUUAGGUGCCCACGUCGAAGGUCCGUUUAUUAUGCCAAGUAAACGUGGUGCCCAUGAAGAAUCCCACCUUCGCGUAGCUUCUGGUGGUUUUUCUGAUUUUGUAAAAGUAUAUAAUUUGAAUGAAGGAAAAGAUCAAAUAGUCAAGAUCGUAACUAUUGCUCCCGAGGUAGAAGGUGUUUUAGAUAGUGUGGAAGAUCUGGUUCAUAAUGCUGGUAUUACAGUCAGCUUAGGUCACUCUUCUGCUACUGUGGCUCAAGCGGAAUUAGCUGUCGAAAAAGGAGCUCGAUUCAUUACGCAUUUGUUUAAUGCCAUGCAACAGUUCCAUCACCGUGACCCUGGUAUAAUUGGUCUACUUGGUACUACACGUAUUCCACGACCGUAUUAUGGUAUCAUCUGCGAUGGUAUUCACGUGCAUCCAAAUUCUAUUAAAAUUGCUUACGAUUCUCACCCUAGCGGUGCGGUUCUCAUUACUGAUGCUAUGGCUGCUAUGGGGUUGUCACCAGGAGACUAUACUUUGGGUGAUAUUCCUGUGCGUAAGAUUGAUGAUGAACGUGUUGAAGUUAUUGAAGAUGGACGGCUUGCUGGAUCAGUCAUUACUAUUGAUGCCUGUGUUAGAAAUUUUAGAAAGUUCACUGGUUGCUCAAUUAUUGAAGCUGUUGAAGCAGCAACAUUGCAUCCGGCAGAAUUAUUAGGGAUACAAACUAUUAAGGGAACGUUGAAUGUUGGUGCUGAUGCAGAUUUGGUAUUCCUAGACGAUGAUCUUAGAGUUAUGAGGUGCUUCAUUGCUGGGGAGGAAAUUGAAAUUUGA